GUGCGUCACGUACAUCGUCUUCAGCGGCCGUUAGCGACGCGGCGUUUGUGGCGGCAAAAUUAAUACAAACUUCUCCGAUUAACGGCGAGCUUUAACUCCCCUCACUGACAAUCCACACGGAUCCUCGGGACGGCGAGGCGAAGAAGACCAAUGGAAUAAUCUGCGCAGCUCGUCAUGGUGCCCCCCAUACCAGGACCAGCGGUGCCCUGGUAGCCACAGCCAUUCCUCUCCCUGGCCCCAUCCGGUCCGGGCAUCCCAAAUCGUACAAAAUGUACAGCAACGGUGGUGAGACAAGCAGCCCUUCGGCCGACAGCACGGUGACGGACCUCUUCACAAGCCCCCGCGGCAGCCUGGGCAGCUCGCUGCUCCGGACCGGAAGCGGGGGCUACCGCAGCCCAGUGGUGUACGGAGAGCACUGCUACUCGUCGGCGAGCGAUGCGCUGGACGCCUACAUCGAGGACUUUGAGCAGAGCGGAAUCUGUGCGUCACCACCACCUAGGAAGCUGUACGUGCAGAGCACAGCGCCACGCAGCAUGGCGGAGCGGAGACGCGCGGAGGACAGGAGGAUGCGCAGUGUGGAUGAGGGUGGCACGCUGCUUGUGGAGGACCUCAUUUCGGGCACGUGCAACCUCACUGCCACGCUGCGCUGCAGUGGGCGUGGCUCAGAGCCCGACGGUCAGAGUCUAACCACGGACCAGCUCCUAGCGGCGCCAGCUGACGGUUCGUCCAUGUCCUUGCUUCGCUCGCCUGGCGCCCACCGAGGGCUCACGGUAUCGCACAGAAGCAAGCGGUCAUCUCUCGGGGUCACCGCGCACAGCCUCGGCGCAUCAUUGGUGAGGGGCAAUAAGCCAACUGAACGGUUGACCUCAACAGCGAGAAGCAACAAGGCUCUGACGCCCAAAAAGACUUUAUUUUCUAACCAGAAGAACGUUUUGUCAUACGUACGGAGCAGUGAAGCAACGAGGCGUGAGCGCUUGCCUAGCGGCGGCGGCUGUGCGACAAGUACCUAUCCUAGGUGGUUGACAAGCCAAAAGGAUGAGCUGGAUGUGUCGGGGAUCACGAGCAUCCCUGAGCUCAGGUACCCGGCCUGGCUGCGUGACUGUGACGUAGACUCCCAGACCAGCAGUCACGAGACGGAUACCAGAACAAAGAGAGCAGGUGCCGCUAAGAGCCCGCAAAGCAGACCAAAGUACCCAGAGUGGCUCAAGGAUUUGGACAUUUCCGGCCUGACGAGUGUAGCCAACGAGGAGCCCGUGUCAGAGAACCUUAGAUCCCUGGCUCGUAGUCACGAGCGACAAAUCAAGGCCCUCGUGAGCGACGCUGUCGCGGAAGCAUUUGGUUUGGCGGAAGACGCAUCGACUGUCAUCGAUGAUGAGGGAGAGCUCACAGUGCGGCGCGUCAGGGAGAACCCAGCGCUGCUGGAGCUGUUCCAGGCCAACUCGGCACAAAACACUAAACCACUCACGGAAACGGCCUCAUUGGAGGAGCUGCUGAGCAGGGCGCGCAUGGCGUUGGACUCCCCCGGCUUGGAGACCCCCUCCCCGGGCAGCCUCAACACGGACGUCUUCCUCGGGGCUGAUCGUCCCUGGGAAAACCCCCCCACGCCCUUUAAAUUACCGGUCCACGUCCAUUACGCUGACGACCCCGGCGAGGAGGGAUUAGCAUCGGCAGCUACCAGCUUUGACUCCAAGAGCCUGAAGGUUGAAACCACUGGCCUGACCGGAAGGCUCCACCCGGGCCCUGUGGAGGCAUUGAAGCAAAUGCUGUUCAGGCUGCAGAGCGUGCAGCUGGGGACACCUGCAGAGGACACUGGCAGUGCUGGCACGCAGAUUAUGGAUGAGGCAGCAUCUCAAGUUGACUUACCUGAGUUUGAGUCGGUACCAGGUGGAAUGUCUCUGCAAAGGGCCCUGUACCACCUGUCACGUCUGAAAGAGCUGGUUGACACCAUCAAGAAGAACAAGGAUGGUUGACUAUCCGUGAUGUAGAAAGCCCAAAAGAAUUUUAUGGCGGUGGUCGAGGUUUGUCCUCAGGAUACGUUCGCUUGGUCCUCCUGCUAAUUCAUGGUUGUUAAACGUCAACGAUACCUCAGUAGCUGUGGUGUGAAUCGCAAUUACUUGUGAACUUGUGGGGCCCAUGGGGCACAGUAAUUGCCCUGUUAAUGGAAGUGCCACAACUAAGUAUUGGAAAAAUGUGAAGUUCGUUCAGGGUUGGAGUUAGUGAAUGGUUGCAGCAGUAUUUUGCACAGCAACGCUAUACAGACUCAAACGUCACUUGAAAGAGCACGGAUAUGUGAACAAUAUUGUGAGCACAACUAAACCAAUUGUGGUGUUAGCCAUUUUGGAAGGAGCCUACUUUAUUGGGAACAUACAUGCUAGUAUUUGUGUAGUUAUAAACAUUUGGGAAAUCACUGUAAAAGUACAUUUGCUUAUUUAGAUUGCACUAUACCUGUAUUGUAAAAUUUCAGAACCUUUUACGUAAUUUUUUAUCAAUAAACCAAAGUUGUAUUUGUAUAUUGUAUGUAACUCAUGACUUGGAUUGUUUUUAUCACAUCUUGUUUAGCAUGGUUGGCUAUGUGCGGUGCGAAAGAAAUUCAAUAUACAUUAAAUAUUUUCUGAUAUUUGAAUGUUUUAUACGGUACAUGGAAAUGUAUUUUACAAUAAAUCUCAGACAAAGGCUUAUACACAUGGAAAUGAAAAUAUUCAGCUAUGAUUUGUAUUUCUCAAGUAUUUCAAGGAAAGUCAGUGAGUCUCGUGACGUCUUCACAUUUGGGGGUGAUGAUUGCGAUGGAUAUCCAAGCACUAACCUGCUUAUAUUCAUAGAGUAUGGUGAAUUUGGGUAUUCUGGGUGAUUGGGUUUUAGGCCAAACACAGGCAGAUGGUUGGGGAUAGAUGUUUUCAAGCAUCUAUUAAUUAUUCAUCGGCAUGUACUAUCUUACGAUGAUGUAAAGUUCAAAAACAUGGUUGUUCAUGAAGGGAAUGGAAUAAAAACUCAACUGUGCACAAGCAUGGAGGAAUUAAUACUUGGAAUUCAAUACCAAAGAUCUGGCCAUAUGGCGUGUGCUGGGCACAAGGCUUGCCAA